UUCAGUCAGCCCGGCCGCCGGGGGGCGCUCUGGCGCCGGCCGACGCCGCGCAUGCGCAGCAAGCGGCCCGUGGCGGCAUGGCGGCGUCCGAGGAGGAGCCGCCCGCGGAGCCGCAGCUCCGGGACACCCCCGACGACAUCUGCUUGGAGGCAGCGGCCAACGCCAUCGCGCUGCACCCGGCGCGGGCUCUGUUGGCGGCGGGGGACGUGGACGGCGACGUGUACCUGUACUCGUACGGCUGCGUGCAAGGGGACAACCGCCAGCUCUGGUCGUCGGGACACCACCUCAAGUCGUGCCGUGAUGUCGCCUUCUCCCAGGACGGGCAGAGGCUGCUCACCGUGGCCAAGGACAAAGCCAUCCACGUGCUGGCGGUGGAGGGCGGCCGCCUGGAGACGCGCAUCGCCAAGGCCCACAGCGCGGCCCUCAACUGCGUGCUGCCCAUCGAUCAGCACCUCCUGGCCACGGGCGACGACGGCGGAGAGCUCAAAGUGUGGGACCUGCGCAAGGGCAGCGCCGUGCUGGAAGCCCGGCAGCACGAGGAGUACAUCAGCGCCCUGGCCGUGGAUGGGGCUGGGAAGAUCCUGCUGACCGCCAGCGGUGAUGGCACCAUGGGAGUCUUCAACAUCAAAAGGCGCCGCUUCGAGCUGCUCUCGGAGCCGCAGAGCGGGGACCUGACAUCCGUUGUGCUGCUGAAGAGAGGGAAGAAAGUGGCAUGCGGCUCCAGCGAAGGAACCAUCUACCUCUUCAACUGGAAUGGUUUUGGGGCCACCAGUGACCGCUUCUCUCUGAGGGCCGAGUCAGUGGACUGCAUGGUCCCCAUCACAGAGAGCAUCGUGUGCACGGGGUCCCUUGAUGGGGUCAUCAGGGCGGUGAACAUCUUGCCAAACCGGGUGCUGGGGUGCGUCGGGCAGCACCUGGGGGAGCCCAUUGAGCAGCUGGCCGUGGCCCCAGAUGGGCAGCUCCUGGCCAGCUGCGCCCACGACCAGAAGGUGAAGUUCUGGGACAUCUCCUCGCUGGGCUCCAUGGUGGUGGAUGAGUACCGCAAGAAGAAGAAGCGGGGGGGGCCGCUGAAAGCCCUGAGCAGUAAGGCUGUAGGCAGCGGGGAGGACUUCUUUGCAGACCUGCGAGAGGAGCAGGAAGCCACAGCGGAGGCAGCCACGGGGAGCGACAGUGACGACAGUGACUGAGGAGCUGGUGGGGCCGUGUUCUGCUGGGGGCUGUGGAGGUCCUGGGACUGGGAACAAGGGAGGAUGCUGGUGGUGAGGGUGGGGCCUGUGGUGUGGGGACAGUGAGAGGAAAUGGGGGAGCUCCCGACUGCUUCAGGGCUGUGAGAUGUGAGGUUCCACGGGGUUGGUGGGGACUGUGCCGUGUCCCCUCCAGGCUGCAGCAGAGCCCACACAACAUCCUGAGCAGACCCAUUGAGCGUCGGUCAACUAUUAAGUUUAGGCAUCAGGUGUAUUAAAAACGUAGUGCCUUUUGGUUCCUA